UGAGACAAAGACACAUGAAGCAAAGAACUUGCCAUUAGGAUGACAUAAAGCAAAAAUAAAAGAACUACUCAGAAUCUCAUUCUCCAUAAAGAAAGGGUAGAUAUGAUAUGAUAUUCAUGCUUAGCAGAGGAUCUUUGUCCAGCAGAACCCAGGUUUCAAGAUAAUUGGCCUUUGCAAAAGUUUUGUUUUUGAACUGUGCAUUUAGAUUCUGUUUUUUUGUAUAUGCUUUGCUUCUGACAAUUGAUUUCCAGCACUGAGAAGUGUACAAUUGUGUUUCCAUCUUUUCUGAUUGAUUUAACACCCAUUAGAUAUGAAUUGAGUGUGGGGAGUGUGAUGGAGUGGUGCAAUAGCUAUAAGGUGUUUGUGUUUUUGUCCCUGUGGGGGAGUUUCUUGAUCUUGGGUACCCAUCAGCUGCAACACACCCAAACCCAGAUGCUUUUGCAGCUUAGGAAGCAGUUGGAAUACCCAACCCCCCUAGAGAUUUGGUUCAACAAUAAUGGCACAGAUUUGUGCUUUGUGUCAUCCCCACAGGCAAAUAUAUCAUGCCAAGACAACCUUGUGACUGAGAUAAGAGUUUAUGGUGAUAAGAGAGAUAGGCCAAGCAGUUUCAAUGGCUAUGCUGUGGGUCCUUAUCAAACCCUGUCACAGAAUUUCUUUGUGGACUCUCUUGUGGUCACCUUGGCCAGACUGACCAGCUUGAGGUCACUCACUCUUGUGUCUUUGGGCAUCUGGGGUCAAAUUCCUGAUAUAAUUCAUAGAUUGUCUUCACUUGAGAACUUGGAUCUGGGUUGGAAUUUUUUGUAUGGGUCUAUCCCUGCUUCAGUUUCAAGAAUGGUGAGCCUUCAGGGUUUGAAUUUGGAUGGGAAUUUCAUUAAUGGCAGCAUUCCUGAAGGGUUUGAUAAGUUGUCAAAUCUGUCGAGUUUGAGCAUAAGGAACAAUAGGGUGACUGGGGAAUUGCCUUCUUCCAUGGGAGGGGUGACAAGUUUAACAUAUAUUGGAUUUUCGAAGAACGAAAUUUCUGGGAAAUUGUUUGAUCUUAGAAGAUUAACUAGGCUUCAGGUUUUGGAUUUGAGCGAUAACAGAUUUGAGUCUGAACUUCCUGCUCUUCCAAAGGGGCUGAUUAUGGCUUUCUUCAGGAACAACUCAUUUUCUAAUGAAAUUCCUCAAGAAUAUGGCCUCCUGCUACAGCUCCAGCAGCUCGAUUUGUCUUUCAACUCACUCCAAGGAAUGCCGCCUGCUAAGCUCUUCUCUUUGCCUAAAAUUGCAAACUUAAAUUUGGCAUCCAAUAUGCUGACUGGAUCUUUACCAUCCAAAUUGAGCUGUGGAAACGAGCUUGGAUUAGUUGAUAUCUCAAAUAAUCGAUUCACAGGCACAUUGCCUUCAUGUUUGCACUCUGCAUCAGACACUAGAAAGGUUUUGUAUGAAGGGAACUGUUUAUCAAGUGGUCUAAAGAAUCAGCAUCCAGCGACAUAUUGCACAAGUGAAGCUAAAAACAUUGUUGCGAAAACUAAUGGGUCUAAAGGAAAGAACAUAGGAAUCCUAAUUGGUGUUAUCGGAGGAAUUUGUGUUCUAUUGUCUUUUCUGGCAGCCGGCUUUCUUUUUAUGUGCCGUAGAUACUGCCCUCGUGGGAAUUCAGAGCAGCAUUUACUGCACAAGCCCGUACAAGAAAAUUCCGUUGCAGGGUACUCUUCAGAACUUUUGCUGAAUGCAAGAUUUAUAUCCGAGGCAUCAAAACUAGGCACGCAAGGUACUCCAACGCACAGGUUAUUUUCCUUUGAUGAGAUCAAGGAAGCAACAAAUGACUUCGACACGACAAACCUAAUGGGUGCAGGUUUGAUAGGAAAGAUAUAUAAAGGUAGAGUGGAAAGUGGGGCUCAGGUGGCUAUAAGGUGCUUGACAAUUUCAAAGAAAUACACAAUUCGCAAUCUAAAACUUAGGGUCGAUUUGCUUGCAAAGCUUCGGCACCCUCAUCUGGUUUGUCUUCUGGGACACUGCAUUGCUAAUAAUGACAACAAUGAUGACCCCGAUUCACUCCAAGUCUAUCUUAUUUACGAAUAUGUGGCAAAUGGGAACUAUCGUACUCAUCUUUCUGAAAAUAGUCCACAGAAGGUCCUUAAUUGGUCUGAUAGACUCGGGAUACUCAUUAAUGUUGCAAAGGCUGUGCACUUUCUACACACCGGAGUUAUCCCUGGGUUCUUCAGUAAUCGACUGAAAGCAACUAAUAUACUGUUGAACGAGCAUCGAGUUGCCAAGCUCAGUGACUAUGGGCUAUCGAUUGUGGCAGAAGAGGUUGAUAAACAGCAGGCAAAAGGCGAAGGCUUUGCAUCAUGGCAAAUGAAAAGCCUGGAGGACGAUGUGUAUGGAUUUGGACUUAUCAUGCUCGAGUCACUCGUCGGGCCUUCUUAUCUCGUGAGGCAAGAGACGUUUCUACUAAAUGAACUGGCCUCAUUGGGAAGUCAGGAUGGCCAAAAGCACGUAGUUGAUCCGGUUGUGCUCAAUUCCUGCUCGCAAGAAUCCUUGUCCGUGAUCGUAUCCAUAACAAGCAAAUGCAUUUCAACCGACUCCUCAAUGCGCCCAUCCUUCGAGGAUGUCCUUUGGAAUUUGCAGUAUGCAGCCCAGAUUCAGGCCGAGGCAGACGGUAGAUUGGGAACCAGUCCUCGUUUGUGAAUAAUUUUAUCAAGAAGAUGCGAUAAAUACCACACAUGCACAGAGUUUAGUUUUGGGUACAUCGUAAUAAGAUCGGGAUGGGAUUCGAACCUAAGCCAAAGACAUAGAAGCUGAUGAUGCCUGCCAUGCUGGAUGAGAUCUGAUCAAGUUGACAUAAAUUUCAUGUAAUUUUGAGUUUCAUUUGCAGGUCCCAUAAUAAAGAAGCACAUGUUUUGUUGCUAGCUAAUAGAAGUUGUGUUGUAUAAUAUGUUAAUGUUUUCAAAAAGGAAAUGCAAAUCAUUAGUUAUGUUGGGCUCA